AUGAAGUCAAAACACCGCUGUUUCUUUGAUCAAGAAGUUCCUCCCCAUGUUUACGCGGAAAUUAGGCAAGUGUUUCUCCUCUAUUCAAAUAAUUCACUUUUCUUUCAGAGCUUACAAAACAAAAACAAACCAAGCCAGGCUGGAAUAUAUAUAUCUCAUUGUAUUCCAUACGUUGGUGAAAUACCAGGUGGUCUACAAUGUGGAACCCUUAUUACUAUACAAGGCCAAACAUCACACCAUCAUUCAAGAUUCUCCAUUAAUUUUUGUUCAUCACCAAUUUCUGAGCCUCUUCCAGACACUAUUUUGCAUGUUGAUCUUCGUUUUAAUGACUUCUGCAUUGUACGCAAUUCACUUUACUGGGGAAGUUGGGGUUCAGAAGAACGCGAUGGAUGCUUCCCUCUGAGAAAGGGAGAACUUUUUGAAGCAGUCAUAUUGGCUGAAAAUAAUGGAUUUAAGAUUGCCUUCAAUGGAAAGCAUUUUGCUUAUUUUGCCAGAAGAUAUCCGUUAUGUCUGGGAAGGUUUUUGAUAAUUAAAGGACAUGUCCAUAUCAACUUUAUCAGAAUCGGUAAAAACAAACCUUUACCAACACCCCCAAUACCACCGUCUUAUCCAGUUCCAAAGUGCCUUCAAUCUCCUAAAGUUCCAUUGUUAGUAUCUUUACCAGACACCUAUAAUAGGAAUAUAUUAGUUACUGGCUAUCCAAGCUCACAGUAUCCUGAAAGAUUUUCAAUAAAUCUGAAGUUUGGCAGUGAAACACCUUUCCAUUUGGAUGUCCGCUUCAAUUAUGGAGCGUCUCAAAAUACUGUUGUCUGUAACAGUCAUCUUUUUGGUGCUUGGGGAAAUGAAGAAAUUCACUCUCAUUUCCCUUUUUCCUAUGGUAAUUCAUUUGAAAUAAAGAUAAUUGAGACACCACAUAUGUACAAGGUUUUAGUCAAUGGACGCCACUACCUAAACUUCAACCACCGAUUUCCAGCUUAUAAUCAAGUGGACACAUUAGAGAUUAAAGGAGAUGUUGUGCUCAUUUUAGUUGAAUUCAAAUAAAUCUUUGUAUUAAAAAACACCUGAUGUAUGUAACAUUGCUUAAGGAGAAAAUAAUUAUAAUUCAUGUUGAAUACUAUAUUAAAUUUGAAAAUUGAGGAAAUAUUAUUGAAUAACAAAAGAAAAUUGAAAAUUAUUUGCUGUUACAUGUUUCAUUUGCAGAUAGGAAUUACAAAGUUUUACGUGUUAAAUAGACAUGUGUUAAAUAGACAUGUAAGGAAAUCCCUAGUAGAAAUUGAAUAAUUUGGAUGAAGUGUUUAUAUAUAGUUAGUAAUCUGGAGCAGUAUUGAUAGUUUAUGUGAAGGAAGAAAAGAAAGAGGGAAAUGUGCAUGCACACACACACACACACACGUAUGUAUAUAUAUAUAUAUAUAUAUAUAUAUAUAUAUAUAAA